AAACUGUAUAAAGAUUGAAUGUCGUGAAACGGAUGCAGUAACAGUUUAACAGUGGAGGGGUGACAUACCGAGAUAGUAAAACAUUGAAGAAUAAAUAUGACAAUAUAAAGAAAAGGUCAAAGAAGAAGUUCUCACGGUAGAAGUGUUCCCUGUUUGCUACGGGAGGAGGUGCCUCAAAAACAAUUCAUUUCACCGAUAUUGAUGAACAAGUCAAAGACAUUUUAGGUGUCCGAAUAGAAGAGUUUCAGCGUAUGAUGAUGACAUGAUUGUCUGUGCAUACCUGAAAAUGGUACAUGCCGAGACAUAAUUAUUGAGGACUAUGAAAUCACUUCAGAAGAGAUGCAGGAAGUUCAAAGAAGUGAUAAAGAAAAUCAAAUAGUAUCUGAUUUAGAAGGUCCAGAAGCCAGUAUUCAUCAGGCGGAGGAUGGGAGCAAGCUAAAUACAUCCCCUUUGUGCGCACUAAAAUCAAGUGCUCUGAGAACUCCAGAAAAAGGUCCAGAAGCCAGUAGCCAAAUGAGGGACUGGAUCAAAUUAAGUACAUCCCUUUUGCGCACACCAAAAUCAAGUGCUCUGAGAACUGCAGAAGUGAAGACCGACUCCUGA